AUGGAAAAUUCUAAACCUACCAAAACCCCUUGUUGCCCAAAUAUACGUCUUACUCCUUUUGAUGGUUUUGUUUUGGUUGAUCCCUCUGAGUACAAAAGUAUGAUGGGUGCUCUCCAAUAUUUGACUUUCACACGCCCUGAUUUGGCUUUUAGUGUCCAUCAGCUAUGCCAAUUUAUGAAUCCUCCUACUACUUCUCAUUUGGAGGCAGCCAAAACCAAACACAUAGAGGUUGAUUAUCACUAUGUGAGGGGUUGUGUUCUUUGUAGCACUUUGGGGAUCAAAUUCAUCUCUAGUCGUGACAAUUUUGCUGACAUUUUCAUGAAACCCUUACCUAGUCCUCAUUUUUUGGUUCUACGCAGCAAACUCUUAGCUGCCACUGCCUUGAGUUUGAGGGAGGAUGUUAAGAGUAUACUUAGAGAUCAACAGAGUAUUGCUAAGAACAAGGUUCAAAUGCUAGAUGUCAACGGCUAG